AUGGCUGCGCGCUUGCCCAGCUUUCCAGGAGGCUUGGAUUUGGUGGCCCAGCUCAACCUCACCGGGCCACGAGACUUCCUACUGCAGCUGGAAGAGGAGCUGGAGAUCUUUGUCCGUAGCCAGAGGAAAGAGCUCCUCCUUCCGCCUCUUAGAGCUGCUCCUGGCCUCGUCGAGGCGUUUCCGCUUGACCGCCACACGCGGAGAGUCGCGAGGUUGGGGACAGCCUUGCUGGCACAUCACCCGUGGCGAGGAGCCGCCCCUCUUGCCGAAGCUCAGUUUGGCAGAGUUUCUGCGCGUGCAACGCCCCACAGGAGCGCCCGAUGCAGCAGGCUCUGCCAGGCAGGGAGCUUGAGUGAGGAAGAGAUCUUGCAAAGGCUCCGGCUGCGGCUCUGGGCGGCUUUGCUGUGCUGCGCGUCCGCGGAACGGGCCGUUCAGGCUCCAGUGAUGGCGCCUGCAGUGGAGCCACUGACGCGAGAGGCCGACUCCGACGACGAGAAGCGGAAGGUGCAGAUCAAAGAUGAGCAGAUGAAGGUGGAACAGGAGGAACUCGAGAGGAGUGUCCAACGCGCCGUGAAGGCGCACUUGGUCCAGGAGCAGCCAGAGCAACUGCUCUCGCCGAAGGAAGAGCAGAUGCUUCCAGCAGAGGAGAAGCUCUUAGAGGAGUCGGUGAAGGCGGAAGAGCACGGGCUUUCGAAGCUGGAAGCUGGUUCCAUGGAGGAGCCCAGCUGCUACUGUGGAGCAGAUCCAGACGGCUUUGCCCGUGGAGCCGGUCUUCGAAGCUGA